AUAUUAACUACCGGAUCUAUAUAUAUUAACAUGAGUCUUCAGCUCUUCUGUCAGUCUAAUCUUUGAUGUGAAGGAGGAAGAAAAAACAAGGAGCAAUAUGGGAUUUAUUCAGAGCUCAUCCUGAGUUUUCUUCACUGUCAUUGUCAAUCAGUCAGGCUGAUGGACAGCCAGCAUCAGACGUCUUUUGUGGGGACAGGACUGCUGUCCAGGCUGUCAAACAUGAUGCACUUUGGAAAGAGCAGUGUUUGCCCUGCAGAGUCCAGCAGCCAGAGCACAGAGGAGAACACAAGGAGCAACAGGAGCAGUCAUGCACAGUGGCCCCUGGCUGCACAAAACAUGAACAACUGCAACAACAAUGAUGGAAAAAAAGAUGACAAGAAGGAUGAUAAAAAAGAUGACAAGAAAGACGACAAGAAAGAUGACAAAAAGGACCCUAAAAAGGAUGAGAAGAAAGAUGACAAAAAGGAUGAUAAAAAGGAGGAACCAAAAGAGGUGUGGAUCAUGGACCCUGCAACAGAUACGUAUUAUUACUGGCUGUGCACAAUAUCCAUACCGGUGUUCUACAACCUCAUGUUACUGGUGGCCAGGUCUUGUUUCAAUGAACUGCAAUAUAAAAAUUUAACCCUGUGGCUGGUUUUGGACUACACUUCAGAUGUCGUCUACUGCGUUGACACCUUUGUGAGAGCCAGGACGGGUUUUCUGGAACAAGGACUGCUUGUUAGGGAUGAAAAGAUCCUGAAAGAAAAGUACAUGAAGACACGGCAGUUCAGAUUAGACGUCAUAUCAAUAAUUCCCACUGAUAUUGUAUUCCUCAAAUUUGGAGUCAACAACCCAGAGUGGAGGUUCAACCGUCUCUUUAGGUUAGCCCGACUCUUCGAGUUCUUUGACCGGACAGAAACUCGAACCAAUUUUCCCAACAUCUUCCGAAUUGCUAAUCUUGUUCUUUAUAUCAUCAUCAUUAUCCACUGGAAUGCUUGCCUCUACUUUGCCAUCUCCAAGACGCUCGGCAUUGGCUCAGACACCUGGGUAUAUCCAGGUAUGAAGGAUCCUGAGUUUGCUCGCUUGGCCAGGCAGUACAUCUACUGCUUUUACUGGUCCACUCUUACCCUGACCACAAUUGGCGAGACACCACCCCCAGUCCGAGAUAUUGAAUACUUUUUUGUGGUAGCUGACUUUCUCACUGGGGUACUGAUCUUUGCUACGAUUGUAGGCAAUGUUGGUGCCAUGAUUUCCAACAUGAGUGCUGCACGUGUAGAGUUCCAGGCAAAGAUUGACUCUAUUAAGCAAUACAUGCAAUUUCGGAAGGUCACCAAAGACCUGGAGACAAGGGUGGUGAAAUGGUUUGACUACCUGUGGACAGAGGAGAAGACCUGUGAUGAGAAGCAGGUGCUAAAGAACCUGCCAGACAAGCUAAAGGCUGAGAUAGCUAUCAACGUACAUUUGGAGACGCUAAGAAAAGUGCGCAUCUUUCAAGACUGUGAGGCAGGUUUGCUAAUUGAGUUGGUCCUUAAGCUUCAGCCUCAAGUUUUCAGUCCUGGUGACUACAUCUGUAAGAAGGGUGACAUUGGCAGGGAAAUGUAUAUCAUUAAAGCAGGAAAGCUUGCAGUAGUAGCAGAUGAUGGUGUUACCCAGUUUGUGGUCCUUAGUGAUGGGGCAUACUUUGGAGAAAUCAGCAUCCUUGGUAUCAAGGGCAGCAAGGCAGGAAACCGAAGAACAGCCAACAUCCGAAGUGUGGGCUACUCUGAUCUGUUUGCCCUGUCCAAAGACGACCUAAUGGAGGCACUCACUGAGUAUCCUGAUGCGAAAUAUAUGUUGGAGGAGAAGGGAAGGGCCAUUCUCAUGAAAGAUAAUCUCAUAGAUGAGUCACUGGUUUCUGCUACUGAUGCCAAAGACUUGGAGGACAAAGUCAACAAGAUUGAAGCCAGUUUGGAAGUCAUGAUGGCCAAAUUUCGAAAGCUAUCAGACCAGUAUGAAUCCUCCCAGCGUAAACUAAAACAACGGCUCAGUAAUAUGUCGAACGAAGUCAGAACCCUCAGAGUAGACGAUGAGUAGAGCUUGGCACUACUACUGUCAGGCUUAGGCACUCCUCCAUUUCAGGACAUUCUUUGUGAGGUCAUCCCAAGGUACUAUAGCACUCUUUGGUCAUAUAAACAGCAGCUGGACAGUGGCUGUCUCCAUUCAUUAUUCCCAUAUCAGGUGAAAUAGUAUGCUUGCCUUGAAAGUUGGCCAUUGCCAUAAUCACAGAUAUGCUUAGAGUUUGGUACUUGAAGACUCUGAGUACCUGAGUAUUGGAAAACUAUAGAAUACAGAAUGCUUGGUCAGACCCAUGCUGUGUCUUAAUUUGAACACUUCUGUAAGCACACUUCUAUGUAGUACACUAUGCACACUACAUAACUACUUAAGCUCGCCGUUGUGAACUUACCAGAAAUGAUGAUCACAACAUUUAACCGCGUCACCUUCUAUGGCGAAUUGCAACCAGACGGAUCAUUAGCACCAAUACAGGCUUAUUUUUCACUGUAUUUCCCCAUAAUAUUAAUAAAAAAUUAACCUGCUUCUA